AUGUCAGCUCGUCUCGCCAGCUACUUGCGGGACAAUUUCAAGCUCACCACCUCCGAUUUCUUUUGGACAGAUUCAAUGAUUGCUUUGCAAUGGAUACGAGGGGACGCAAACCGCUGGCCGCAGUUUGUGCACAACAGGGUCACAGAAAUUCAACAGAAGGUAGAGAAAGCUCGAUGGAGAUACGUGGGAACAGCAGCAAAUCCAGCCGACUUGUUGACGCGAGGAACAAGUCCCAAGAAAUUGCUACAGUCGAAGCUGUGGUGGAAAGGACCAUCAUGGCUGGCGGAAUCUGAUGACAAAUGGCCAUCUCCUGAAGUCAAUGAGAUGACACGCACUCACGUUCAUAAACAGCAGGUUGUGCUCCAGACCAUCGCACCAUCGUGCUCGGAUCCAGUGAUGGAUCUGGGACGGUUCAGCAAUGUCAAUAACCUUCAUCGUGUAACAGCGUGGAUAAUUCGAUUCACCAAGAACACCAGAGCAAUAGGUCGGAUCGACGGUCCCUUAAGCGCUAGUGAGAUUCAACAGGCCGAACGCUACUGGGUAAGGCAAGAACAAGAAUCUGCAUUCGCGGACGGAAACAGCGCACUCGGAAGCAACAAUGCACUUAAGCGAACAUCGAAGUUGAAAGAUCUAAGGCCAUUUAUUGACGACGACGGCAUCCUCAGACUUGGAGGACGAAUGGGUGGUAGUCGGCAAAUAUUUUCGGAAUGUCAUCCAAUCAUACUGCCAACUCACUGGCAUUAUGCGCGCCUUUUAAUUUUACAGUCUCAUCGACAAGUUUUCCACUGCGGAGUGCGUGACACUUUAGUGCAGCUACGCGAAAGGUUCUGGAUACUCCCAGCACGCCAACAAGUCAAGCGAAUACUACGAGGUUGCGUGACAUGCAGAAGAAACGCAAGGCAUCUGACACAACCUGAUGACCAACUUCCACCUGACAGAGUGACGAUGAGUCAUCCCUUCGAGGUCACCGGCAUCGAUUUUGCGGGACAAUUAAUAUUGAAGCGAAGGAGGAACUACCACAAGGGCUACAUUGUCCUCUUCACUUGUGCCGUCACAAGGGCUGUGCACCUAGAGCUGUGCGAGUUCAUGUCGGCGAUCAAGUUCUUGCCUGCCUUCCGAAGAUUUACAGCUCGUGGGGGAAUCUGCCAAACCAUCUACUCGGACAAUGCCUUGACGUUCAAAAAGGUCAAGAGAAAUUCGGGACAUACAGAGGAUCUUAACGGACCCACUGGUGCAGGACUAUUCUUCACGUAA